AUGAAGUACCUUAGCAGGUCUCUGCUGGUGUUCUGCUUCUGCUGGAAUGCUGUUUUAGUAACACUCCCCUCUUCAUACGAUGUCGUAUGGGACAAGCCAGGUGUUGAUGGCUCGGCUGAUUCCAUGCCUCUUGGCGGUGGUGAUGUCGGCCUGAACACCUGGUACGAGAAUGGCACAAUUCUCAUGUACAUCGCCAAGAGCGGUACCUUCGACGAGAACAAUUCCCUGCUGAAACUUGGACGCGUCAGACUGUCUUUCGACCCGAAUCCGCUUGAUAGCAAGUCUUUCGAGCAGAGACUACUACUCAACGAUGGCCACGUCAAAUACACUGGUGAGGACAACGCUACUGCCAAGAUUCGGGUAGACGUCUUCAACCCCAUGGUCCACAUCGUGAUCGAUAGCCCGGAAAAGAUUGAUGUCCAGGUAGCUUACGAGAGUUGGCGUCAAAAAGACCGCCCCAUUAUCAACGAGGAGCGCAGCCAGGGCUCUUGGGGCAUCUUCAACUCCAAAAUUGCAAAUGGUACCGCCUACGCUGAUAAGAUUGCCUUUCAUGAGAACGGUGUACUUAUGAGCCAUCGUAACGAGAAGCUUGCCCUCUGGAACUUCCAGAUGAAGUAG